AAUAGAUUUGAAAGUUUAAUAAUUUUACUGUUGUAUGAAAUUUUGUGUAUUCUUACUUCAGUUUGGUCUGAUGACAACUGGUUACGAGAGCAUGCUGGUGAAACUGUAGCAAAAUCAGAUGAGACUGUGGAUGACGACACAGAACAGACAUCUGUGAAAACAGACUCGACGAAUGACGAACCAGUGAAGAAAAAACCCAAAGUUAAUCCACAAGUCUUCUUUGACAUCCGGAUUGGUACCAAGAAUAUUGGUCGUAUAGUGAUGGAGCUCCGAGCUGAUGUCGUUCCCAAAACUGCAGAGAAUUUUCGUUGCCUUUGUACCCAUGACAGAGGCUUUGGUUAUAAAGGAAGCACAUUGCAUCGAAUCAUUCCACAGUUUAUGUGUCAAGGGGGUGACUUUACGAGGCACAAUGGAACAGGAGGAAAAUCAAUUUAUGGAAAUAAAUUUGAUGAUGAAAAUUUUGUCUUAAAACAUACAGGAGCUGGUACAUUAUCAAUGGCUAACAGUGGACCCAACACCAAUGGUUCACAGUUUUUCAUUUGCACAGAAAAAACUGAUUGGUUGGACAAUAAACAUGUAGUAUUUGGAAAAGUAAUUGAAGGAAUGGAUGUUGUUCGAAGAAUGGAGGUAAAUUGUUGGUUUCUGAUUUGUUUCCCAUAUCAAUAUCAUUUUCAUGAUAUAUUAUUUCAUGCAG